UCUCAGAAUCAAGAAAUGGAUUCAUCAGACUCUGUUCUUCCUCUUGACGUUUCUGUUCAUCUCCCAGUUAUCGAUUUCUCAGACAAAACCCUAAAACCAGGAAGCUCGAAGUGGGAGGAAGUAAAGAUUGAUGUCCGUAAAGCUCUAGAAGACUACGGUUGUUUCCAAGCUUCCUUUGACAAAGUGUCAGCGGAGCUGAAGAAGUCUGCUUUUGAAGCCGUGGAAGAGCUUUUCAAGUUGCCGAUUCAGACCAGACAGAGAAACGUGUCUACGAAACCCUUCCAUGGGUAUCUUUCUCACAAUCUUUAUCAGAGUUUUGGGAUCGAUGACGCUAAUGUUUUGGACAAGGUCAACGACUUUACUCAACAGUUAUGGCCUGAUCAUGGGAACAAGAGUAUUAGAGCAUCAUUACUCGAGUAA